AUGGGUUCCAACGACGUUCCCCCUGAAGGGUGCCCGUGGUGGCUUAUUCCGAUGCAUAUGGGACUGCUCGGCGUCGGACUACUGCUCUGGGAUGCCACAUAUGUUCUCAUGGUCCGGCGAGCAAUGGCGACCAAGUCGUACAGCAUGCCGCUGCUGGGCCUGGCCAUCAACCUGUCGUGGGAGCUGGUCUACCUCUUCUACGUCGUCGAGAUGCCCAUCGAGACGGCCGGCUUCCUCUUCUGGCUCCUCCUGGAUGUCGGUCUCGUCUACACGACUCUGCGCUUCGCCCCCGAGGACUGGAAGAACACCAGCCCCUGGGUCGGUCGGAACAUUGCCUGGAUCCUUGCGCUGAUGACGGCUGUCGGUUGUUUCGGCAACUACUCGUUCGCCGCGUGGUGGUUGGCGGAGCCCGGCAUGGGCUCCGGCGACAAGGCCGGCAAGUGGUGGCACGGCCAAGAGGGACACGACACUACCGAACUGGCUUUCUGGUCCGCGGGCUUCGCUCAGGUCGUGGCGAGCGCUGGGAGUAUCGCCAUGCUCAUAGUACGAGGCCAUUCCGGCGGCACGGGAUAUGCAAUCUGGUUCUGUAGGGCCAUGGGAACCCUCUUCGGCUUGGUACUCUGCAACGUCCUAAUGUGGUGGUAUUGGCCCGAGGCCCAUGGGUUUAUUGUCAGCCCGUUUGCCGUAUUCCUGUGGGCUACCGCGAUAGCCUGUGAUAUUGCCUACCCCCUGGUGCUCUGGCAAGUCCGUCGGCUAGAGCAAGUUCUCCCAGACGGGAGGGUUAUUGCCGGUGGCGGUCUAGCAAGCAGCCCCAAAACCUUCGGAGUCAAAAAAGGCCAAUGA